AUGCUCGACCUUGGAGCCUCUAUUAACGUCCUACCAAAUUCUAUUUUCAAAAAACUUAAUGUAGGACCGUUAGAAAGGACCGGGGUGGUCAUUCAAUUGGCCGAUCGAUCCUUAGUAUACCCAAAGGGUGUAUUAGAGGAUGUUUUGGUCCAAGUGAAUGAAUUGGUAUUUACGGCUGAUUUCUAUGUGUUGGACAUGGAGGAUGAUGAUACUCCACACUCAAGUUCCAUUUUGUUAGGGAGGCCAUUUUUGAAAACUGCAAAAACAAAAAUUGAUGUCUAUAGUGGCACCCUAUCAAUGGAAUUUGAUGGAGAAGUUAUCAAUUUUAAUAUAUAUGAUGAUAUGCGUUACCCAAGUGAUGUUUCAUCUUUGAAUUGGUUAUAUGUUAUUGAACCCUUAUCUGAUGAUUGUUUUGAGUUAUCUAACCAUGAUGUUCUAGCGUUAGUGUUAAAUAGAAGCAUUGAUGAAGUUGCAGCAAAAGAACUUACUGAAAAGUUCAAGCUUGGGGAGGAUUUGAUGGAAGUAGUAGCGUUUAUGGUUGCACAAAAGAAAACCAAGUAUGAAGCACCAAAAACACUAUUACCAAUUACUAACCAAAAGCUUCUUCCAUCUAUUGUACAGGCACCGGAGUUAGAGUUGAAGACCCUCCCCGAUCACCUUAAAUAUGUGUAUCUUGGGGAGAAGGAUACAUUACCGGUAAUCAUAUCCAACAAGUUGACGAGCAGUUGA